ACACCUCUUGUACGCAUUCGCUUGAUCGUACUUAUCGUUCUCGCGAGUUCUAUCACAUUCUAUAUCGGCCAAUUGUCCUCCACUCCUUUAUCCAAACACUCUUUGCCUGAGCCCGAAUGCUUCGUUCCUUCAGAGCGAACUGCGCAUACACACAUGCACGCCAUUCAACCCAUUCAUGUGCCCGUAACCGUUACAAAACUGCAGACCUUGACGACCACCCCAUCCACUCUCCGCAAGUCACUGUAACAGCCGUGCCGGAAACGGUUGCACCUGUAGAAGAGGACUACGUUUUGGUUAAUGGGGCUCCCACUGCAUCGUUCAAAGAUAACUUGCGUGCCGACGUCAAAUACAUAUUGUCGUUCCCUGGAAGUGGAUUCACUAACGAUGUGAUGCUAUAUGUGCGUGUCAUAACUCCUUCCAUCUCGUUACUCUCCGGUCCUCAAUCUCCUGAAGAUGAAUCUAAUCUAUCUGUCUAUAACAACGAGCGCGUCCCGGUCAUCCCUUACUUCGUCCCGACCCAUGAACCGAUUCUCGAGUGGGGAGAUAUCAAAGUGAGCAACGAUCCCUCUCACGUCGUGCUCGUCGUCAACCCCCAAGCACAGGAUCUUGGGAGUACAAAGAUCGACACCUUGGGCUGCUGGAAUGUCUGGGAAGCUGUCCUCGCCGGCAAACAGACCACAUUGGACCCUAGCCCCGAAAGAAUGAAGCUCGGUAUGAACCUGGUUAUUGGUCUAUGGAAUUCGUUCGAAUAUUUUUUUAGACAUCUCGUAUACAACGGCACCCGAAUCGAUCAAGCUGUACCCUGGCAAUCCCCAGAGUACAGAUAUGCGAUUCGCUUCUCUCAUGUCGCUCGGGUUUCCCGACAACGCAAUGAACAUCUGACCACGCCGGUCAGGUCACCUCUGUUGCAUGCCUCACUCCCGCCGGAUGAGCAGCUGUUAUGUUUUGAUAAUCUUUAUUGGGCAACCAAUCUCGAGGUAAUCCUCACGAAAUGGAACACGAUUACAGCACUGCUUGGAGAUUCGUCGGGCGGCAUCUUCACUGGAACCCUCGCAUUGAAGCCCUCGCAGCCCGAUAUGUCAGGCGGACAUUAGGUCUUGCGCGUGCAAGGCCGAUUCCUCCGCAUCUCGGUUCAUGCGAGACGGGGGGACUUUGUCAAUUGGUGCGAGGUGCCCGAUCGGGAGGACCUGCUUCGCGCCGGUCUCUGUAAUUGCCCGUCGCGUUGCCGAGAUUCGGCAACGGCUUUGGCGGACGAAGGGGAUCGAGGUACAACACGUGAUCAUGACCAGCGACGAGACCGACGAAUCCUGGUGGCGCCAGGUACAGGCUCAAGGCUGGGACCGUGUCGAUCACUCGUGGACCAGUGAAAUACAUGGAGCUUGGUUCCCCGUAUUCAUUGAUGCAGCUAUCCAGUCUGCGAGCACAGGUUUUGUUGGCACAGAUCGUUCGACCGUCUCUUUGCUUUCUGCUCAUCGGGUUAGAGAGUGGCAAGGCGGCCCCACUCAAAUGUUUCGCUGGGGAAAGCCCGGGGCGGACGACCACGAAGAUAUCUGAUUAUGUAUGCUUUGUUAUCUUGUAACUCCUUACUGACCAUCUGAUCUCAAUCACUCAAUCCUGGCUUCCGCUCUCCAAGCAUCUUCGAAUCAAGGAAAAGGAGCGCU